AUGCAACCACGCAUGCGCUACGAUGAUGCUGCUUGGGAGAAAAGCGAGGAAGUCGCCGAGAGCUGGGUCCGUCAGUUGAUCGACCCAGAAGUCUUAAGCCCGGUCGGCGAGUUUCUGGUUCAACACCAUAGACCCGACGAUCCUGAGGUUUUUACAGUCCUCCCAAUAGGCUCUUUCAAUGUGGCCUUUCGUAUGAAAUACAAAAAUGGCUCCGCUAUUAUACGUUUCCCACAGCCUGGGGCGGUGAUGUUUCCUGAAGAAAAGGUUCGUAAUGAAGUCGCCGUGAUGCGAUACAUUCGGGAGCGAACCUCAAUUCCAAUUCCGUUGGUUUUGCACUGGGGUACAAAAACAGGUUUUCCUCUAGAGUUUAGUCCGUUUAUCAUCAUGGACUAUAUCGAGCAUGAUACGUGUAUGUACGAUGUUCUCAACACGCCGGGAUGUCCGAAGCAAGAGCGGGGAAUUCUGGACCCAGAUAUCAAUGAGGAGAAGUUAGAGGCUCUUUAUGCAGAACUCGCGGGUGUUGUUCUUCAACUUUUCAGACCAUCUUUUCCAAGGAUUGGUUCUCUGGCACAGAUUGAUGAUUGUACCUGGGACAUAAUAUAUCGGCCUCUAUCAAUGCCUAUGAAUGAUCUUGUUCAAUUAGGAUCACUCCCGCAGUCAAAAUUACCACAGACGACAUUCGAGACGGCGUCCUCGUACUUUGAAGCCCUCGCAGAGCUCCACAUCGAACACCUAAUCAACCAGCGGAACGACGCCAUCCAUUCAGCCGAUGACUGUCGGCGAAAGUUUGUUGCGAGAUAUCUUUUCCGCAGACUCGCGCGAGGGCAUACCCUCACGAAAAAAUCGUCUGACAAGGGCCCGUUCAAACUCUGGUGCGACGACUUCCGCCCGGGCAACACCCUCAUGAACAACUUGAAGAUCGCCGGAGUCGUAGACUGGGAGUUCACAUAUGCCGCCCCGGUGGAAUUUUCCCAUGCACCGCCUUGGUGGCUUCUUAUCGAGAAACCUGAAUACUGGCCCCAAGGUCUUGACCACUGGUCUACUGAAUAUGAGCGACGAUUAGUGACGUUUCUUCGGGCGAUGAGGUCUCGCGAAGAUGAGGAACUCAAGGAGGCACCGGUUUGUGUGGGAAAAGAUCAGCGACUUUCUGAUUUUAUGCGAGAUAGCUGGGAGAGUGGAGAAUUUUGGAUUGUUUAUGCAGCGAGGAACAGCUUUGCUUUUGAUGCUAUAUUCUGGCAGAAAAUUGAUCAGCGAUUCUUUGGGACGACGACUAGUGUUGUUGAGGAUGUCUGGAAGGAGAGACUUGACUUGUUGGAACCCGAAGAGAAAGAGGAGAUGGAGAAAUAUGUGGCUUUGAAACUUGUAGAGCUGGAUACCAGGGUUCUUGCUUGGGACCCGGAUAAAUACACCUUAGAACUCUUGGAAACGAGAUUUGUGAGUAACGAGGAGGAUGAAAGUGAUCGAACUGAAGCAGACGAGAUUGAUGAUGUUGUGUCAGAUAAACUGGCGGAAUUGCUGGUUUAA